AUGACCACAGACGCGUCGAGGAAGGUGCCGCUGUUCGGCGGCGCCAUCAGCGCGCACCUCCCAACCCGCUACGUCGACGUCAGCGACUUCCGCCCGGUUCCCGACAACCAGGAAGUCUGGACGGACGCGAGCGUGGACGAGAGCGUCAUCGUCGAGAUCUUGGAGAGGGUCGAGGAGGGCCCGAGCGACGCCGAGGGGGGCGCGGCGGGAUGGUUCUGGGAGGACCUCGCGGCGGUGAGCGAGUGCGGUCCGAACGACGCGCAUCUGAUGUCCGUGACGCGCCUCUCGAGCGAGCACCUGCCGGCGAUGAACGGUCGGUUCGCCGCCGCGUCCGUCGCGGUGGGCACCAUGAAGAUGGCCAAAGGGAGGGAACGGGGCGACGAACGCGUCAACGUCGUGGAGGUGACGUUGGCCAACAUCAGGCUGCCCGAGGUGGGCACCGACUUGCUGGUCACCGUCAAUCGGCCGUUGGUCGUCGCCCCGGGGAGCAGCGCCGCGGCGACGACGGGCGCGGGGGUGAUCGGGACGGGCGGCGAGGGCUGGUCGGCGCUGCGAAGCAUCUUAGAAACCUUCUCCGUCGACGACUGGUCUCUCUUCGGCUACGGCGACUGA